CUCCGUGUACACUGUUGCGUUAUCCGGGAACCGAUCGUGCAUGAUGGGUAGAAAUCGGGUGUUUUGCUUAAUUUUUUGCAUCUUGUUGGUGGUUUCUAUACAGACAGGACUAUGUGAAUCGUCUAGUGCUUCCUCGCGCUUGCUAGAAGAAAAGAAAGUUCUGCAAUUGCAAGUGAAAGCAUUGAGGGAGGAGGUUAGUUUACGGAGCGCUGGAAAGCAGGGAACGAGGACGAGUUCGUGCGGGUACGUUGAGAAGCAAGUGAAGUCGAUGCAGACAGCAGCAGAUGAGAAGGACGAAGAGAUUGCGUUUCUGAAAGAGCAGCUGCGACAUGUCAAGCACUCUCUUAGUGAAAUGCAUGGAGCAAGCUGUGCUCAAAAAGUGAAUGGACGUUACGGGAAUACUGGGCAGGGCAGUGGUAGAGUGACAUUUAAAGGGAAGUACGCGUUCAUAGUAGAACCAAUGGAGCGAAGGAGAUUUGAUGAUCCUCAAACUAUGGAACACAUUUUGCAAGGGAAACCGGUUGUUAUUACUGACAGUGAAUUGACUCGUUCAGCUAUUAUGAAGUGGGAUCUGGAUUAUUUGGGACGGGAGCUAAAUGAUCAGUACGUGCGAAUGUUUGUGUCCCCAAACAGACAAUUUAGAUAUCACAGCAACAUGAACAACACACAAUAUUAUGAAUGGAUAUCACCAUAUGAAACUCGAACUGGCACAUUCAGUACAUUUGUAGAAACGGUACGUCAACUCGAUAAAGCAGACAACGGGAGUAGAGCCUAUUUCCAGUUUCUCCUUAAUGAUCUCAAUCUGACAAGGAACCUUGAUGAAGAUGUAGCAUCAUUCAAUUGGAAUUGGUUGCAUGAUAGUUUGCUACAUAAAGUGGCAUGGGGAGAGCUGAAACACAAUCUACUUCUUGUUGGCAUGCCAGAUGUUGCAACUCCUGUACAUUAUGAUGGUAUGGAGAACCUGUUUGCAAUGAUAUCGGGACACAAACGUUGCAUUCUUUUCAGUCCCUCUCAGUAUCGUAGUCUUUAUCCAUUCCCAGCUCAUCAUCCACACGAUCGGCAAUCACAGGUAGAUUUUGAUAAUCCAAACUUUGACAUGUUUCCGAGAUUUCGAGAAGCUCAUGGUUAUGAGACGAUUCUUGCACCAGGUGAAGUACUGUAUAUUCCUUCAUAUUGGUGGCACUACAUUGAAUCAGAAGAGAACUCGAUGACAGUGUCAUUAAAUUUCUGGUUUGAGCCUGAGUGGGAAAAAGAAUCAAACGGUAAAGAAGAUUCGGAUGAAGAAGGAAUCAAAGGAGAACCUCCAAAAGAAGUAGAGGAACUCAUACUAAAGAGAGAGAUUGAAAUGAUGAUUGCUGAGGCUACUCAUCCUUCGAAGGUGGCUGAAAUCCUUAAAGAAAUACUUGACAAACGAUACGAUUUUAUUGAACGCAAGCGUUACUGGCAAUAAUUAGUCGACAUCAUUAAUUAAUUAUCUAGUUACAUUUUAAUACUGUGGUAUCUACUAGCAUUCAAUGAAAACAUGCGUUACUUUCG